GAUCCACAUGCAACAAGAGUCAGGGGCAGAGUCGGAACCAGCAGCCGCAGCACCAGCAGCCGCAGCACCAGCAGUAGCAGCACCAGCAGCCGCAGCACCAGCAGUAGCAGCACCAGCAGUAGCAGCACCAGCAGUAGCAGCACCAGCAGUAGCAGCACCAGCAGCCGCAGCACCAGCAGUAGCAGCACCAGCAGUAGCAGCACCAGCAGCCGCAGCACCAGCAGUAGCAGCACCAGCAGUAGCAGCACCAGCAGUAGCAGCACCAGCAGCCGCAACACCAGCAGUAGCAGCAGCAGCAGUAGCAGCACCAGCAGCAGCAGCAGCAGCAGCAGCAGCAGCAGCAGCAGCAGCAGCAGCAGCAGCAGCAGCAGCAGCAGCAGCAGCAGCAGCAGCAGCAGCAGCCAGCAGCAGCAGCAGCAGCAGCAGCAGCAGCAGCAGCAGCAGCAGCAGCAGCAGCAGCAGCAGCAGCAGCAGCAGCAGCAGCAGCAGCAGCAGCAGCAGCAGCAGCAGCAGCAGCAGCAGCAGCAGCAGCAGCAGCAGCAGCAGCAGCAGCAGCAGCAGCAGCAGCAGCAGCAGCAGCAGCAGCAGCAGCAGCAGCAGCAGCAGCAGCAGCAGCAGCAGCCAGCAGCAGCAGCAGCAGCAGCAGCAGCAGCAGCAGCAGCAGCAGCCAGCAGCAGCAGCAGCAGCAGCAGCAGCAGCAGCAGCAGCAGCAGCAGCAGCAGCAGCAGCAGCAGCAGCAGCAGCAGCAGCAGCAGCAGCAGCAGCAGCAGCAGCAGCAGCAGCCAGCAGCAGCAGCAGCAGCAGCAGCCAGCAGCAGCAGCAGCAGCAGCAGCAGCAGCAGCAGCAGCAGCAGCAGCAGCAGCAGCAGCAGCAGCAGCAGCAGCAGCAGCAGCCAGCAGCAGCAGCAGCCAGCAGCAGCAGCCAGCAGCAGCAGCAGCAGCAGCAGCAGCAGCAGCAGCAGCCAGCAGCCAGCAGCAGCAGCCAGCAGCAGCAGCAGCAGCAGCAGCAGCAGCAGCAGCAGCAGCAGCAGCAGCAGCAGCAGCAGCAGCAGCAGCAGCAGCAGCCGUCAGAACCGCACUAGACUAGACGAAUGAUUCUAGAAGAAUCGA